UCAUAUGAAAGUGAUUGCUAUUUUCCAAAGAAUAGCAAUAACUUAGUAACUGCUUAGAGACAAGAUUUGGAUUAGUAUGACCCUUUAUUUUCUGAUUAAAAAUCAUAACUUAACCAAGAUUCAACCAUGGUUUGAAGAAAAAAACACAAUUAAAACGUAAAACGUUGAAAUUCCUGGGCUAUUUGUCAAACGUUUGGUCGCUCAGUGGUCACAUUGUAGCCUCUAGUGGAAAGGAAGUGUUAUCAUGACGUUACCUGUUCCACUCAAAAUUUGCAUGGCCAUCCCGGUUCGUCUGGGUGUGGUGGCUUUGAUGAAUUGUUACCCAUCCUUCAAUCGUUCUGCGCAAUAACUCCUUAUAAUCUCUCCUUAUGAUCACUGAACUACAUAAAGUCAUAAUAAUAUUAAUACUCCGCUUUUAAAAUUAUCAUAUCGUGUACCAAGACCUAACAUAUAGUUUAAGAUUGGUCCUUAGUAACGAAAUUCGCCUUUCAGAGCUUACGUAAUGCUCUUAGGUAGGACCCAUUUGUGAAUGAAUUACUGUAGAGAAGGCAAUCAAAUUAGCGGCCAGUCGUGAGGGUGCUUCCUCAGGCUUCUGUCAGGGGAAAACUAGACCAGACCAGUUGAGCCACAGCCACAAAACCAGUUUAGAUGAGGUUAACGGUUUAUAAGGGUUACGCCUACAGCUUCAAGGGUGACUAUGGACAACUGCCUCCGUCAUAGCGUAAAGGGAAUGUGGCGGAAUAUUUUGAGGAUUCCCUAAAUAUCGUGAUAGCUCUUGGUGUACAGGUUAAGGUUGUUGUGUCUUAGGGCGCGUCCUACGACCGAUCGAUGUCCCAAAUGCCGGACGUCAACAUGACAAGGAUGAAGAGGCAAGGGAGCGAGGAUGUAGUACCAUGUCCGACCACACAGGCGCUCCCCAAGCUACCAGUCCCGCCCCUUCAGCAGACCUUGGAAGGUUAUCUGAAGGUUGUCCGCCCUCUGGUAUCAGACGACGAAUACGAACAGACGAAAAGGAAGGUUGAAGAGUUCGGCAAGCCGGGGGGAGAUGGAGAAAUGCUUCAAGAGAAGUUGCUGGAGUAUGCCCAGACUAAAGUCAACUGGGUGUAUGACUGGUGGAUGGAUGACAUGUACCUGACCGCCAGACUGCCGUUAGUCAUCAACUCCAGCCCUGGAAUGGUGUUCCCCAAGCAGAUCUUUACCGAACCUUCUGACCAACUCAGGUUUGCCGCAAGAUUGAUAUCAGGCAUCAUGGAUUACAAGGUCAUAUUGGACGCCCGAGCCCUACCCAUAGACUACGCACGUGGCCAGCUGGCAGGGCAGCCCCUGUGUAUGGAGCAGUACUACAGACUGUUCUCAUCAUACAGGGUACCGGGGUUAACUAGGGACAUGCUAGUCUCACCCGACAGUAGCGUCAUGCCGGAACCAGAGCACAUCAUUGUUGUAUGCAAAAAUCAGUUUUUCGUGCUCGAUGUCAUCAUCAACUUCAAGCGCCUGAGUGAAGCCGACCUUUUUAACCAGUUGAAGCGAAUUAUGCAAGCCGCUACAGCCGGGGACAGGUGUGAGCCUGUGGGACUACUGACGGCAGGGGACCGGACAGAGUGGGCCAAGGCGAGAAUAAAACUCAUGGAAGACUCCACAAACCGGGACUCUUUGGACAUGAUUGAGCGAUGUAUCUUCGUCCUGUGCAUGGACGAGGGUGUGUGCUGUGACAAGACGGACCUCACCUUGGCCUGUCAGAUGCUCCAUGGUAACGGUUCCCAUAGCAACACCCCAAACCGGUGGUUCGACAAGACCAUGCAGUUCAUCGUUGCAGACGACGGAGCCUGUGGGCUGGUGUACGAGCACUCACCGUCAGAGGGCGUUGCUGUCGUUCAGCUCGUUGAACAUCUCUUGAAUUACAUACGUGUUAAUCCUUGGAACGAUGUCUGCCAGCGAGACAGCCCAGCUAUCCCUCACGCUUGUCAUUCGAGUCAGAAAUAUGGCUCCAAGAAGAUGCUGCGUGCCCAGUCUAUCUGUGAGCUGCCGUACCCGCGCCGGCUCAGGUGGAAGCUGUCACCAGAAGUCUUUCACUAUCUCAAAACGUCAAGAGAAAGUGUGGAUAGGUCCAUCGCAAACAUGGACCUCCACAUCAUGCGGUACACGAGGUUCGGCAAGAGUUUCCCCAAGUCACAAAACAUGAGUCCUGACGGAUUCGUACAGCUGGCGUUGCAACUCACUUACUUCAAGUUGCAUAAGCGGCUUGUGUCCACGUACGAGAGCGCCUCUACCCGACGGUUCCAGCUGGGGCGGGUGGACAACAUCCGUGCCGCGUCUAUCGAGGCUCACAACUGGGUGCGGGCCAUGUGUUCUGAUACUGUGGAGGAUUAUGACAGAAUGGAGCUGUUCAAAAAGGCUCUGAAAGCUCAGCGAAACUUCACGCUGCAGGCACUGAAAGGGCAGGGCAUCGACUGCCACCUGCUGGGGCUGAAGGAGAUGGCGGCCAUGAUUGACAUGCCCAUGCCUGACAUCUUUACUGACGAGCCGUUUGAUCUCACCAACAAGUUCGUGCUGUCGACCAGUCAGGUUCCUACAACAAUGGACGCCUUUAUGUGCUACGGCCCUGUGGUGAACAACGGGUACGGUGCCUGCUACAACCCACAUGACGACUACAUUCUUUUCUGUUUGUCGUCAUUUAAGGACUGUGGGGAUUCCGAUUCCGAAAUGUUCACGAUCGCCCUUCGACAGGCUCUAGAUGAUAUGCAACAUUUGUGUCUCAAGGUCAACCAUCCUCCCUCCCCGGUCAUGGAUCUCAGGAAGGUCGACAUCAACGGCGAUUCCAAGAUGGCGAACGGACUCGACGGUCAUCAGUUAGGCCUCCCCAUGUUCCCCUGCGGUAUGGCCAGAGAAAAUAAUCCGACGAGGAAGCAGAACAGCAGAGAUGAUGACGACACGGCCCGUGGACCAAUCGCAGACGGUGCAAUGGCCCAAACGUAAUUAAAGAAUAACAUUCUGUACAAGUCUAUUGCCCCGUUCAAUAUAUGAUAAGUAAAAGGUUGGCUAUGUAAACUUUUGUGUUAUAUGUAUAUGCACGGAUGUUUGUCUUGGGCCAUUUAAGUCAUUAAAAUGUUAUAAAACAAAACGAUGAUAAAGUCAACCAUCUUAGUAGCCCAAAACCAACUAUAUUUGGUCAAAAGUUGCCCAAAAGAUCAAACUUAAGUGUACCCAUUAUUGUUUGCCUAUGUUUUUAAUUGGGACUUAAACCAACCCCAUCCCCAUCUUACAUUAGAUAACAAAAUUCGAAACCCGUAAGCAAAGCCACUGUUUGUUGUUGAUGUUUUUUUGUCACAGGGGCGCAGACUUAUAUGCACCAUUCAUUAUGUCUAAGUGAUUACGGGCAAUAUUAUCUCUACGAUGUGCGUGUGGUAGCUGCGGUUCUAUAUAUACGGUGUUAUAAGAAGACUUAAGAGCGAUCUAGUGAAUAACGUGAACAUUAAAUUUCAGGUGCAACAUAGGUAGAAAGAAGAGUAUAUGGUUCCAAUGGGGCCAAAGGGGUGUUUAUAUGUAAAUCUAUGCAUAUUUAUUGUGUAUGAUGUAUGUCUAGAUGUCUAUGCUGUAUAUGAAUUUAAAAAGAAAGUAUUUACUUUCAACUUGGCGCAUCUAUUGAGGGAACUACAAACGAAAUCGCCAUUUUGGCAUGAUUCAAACUCACCCAAACAAAAGCUUUUAGAUUUCCAAAAGGAAAAUUAAAAAGAAAUAAUAAGAGUAAUGAAAAUAAUAAUAGUACUGGGACGAAGUACUAUGUAAAAGAUUGGAGUAGAUUAAUUGUUUGUAGCAUCUGUACUUGUCUAUCGAAGUAUUGUCCGGCUUUCAUCAUUGCAAUAACUUAUAUACUCUAGUCGUAAAACUUUUAACUUAUUAUCUUUUGCUUUUUAGGAUCAAAUGUUCAUACAAGCAAUCGUAAUAGAAUGUAAAUGUAGAGUGUCUAGGCCAAGUGAAAUCAAUGUUGUGUUUCCAAUUACAGUCCUGUGACAAACUAGAUUUGGGUCAAAGUGAUCCACAAAAUGGAGUUUAGCAAUGCAUCGCUGAAAUGCAUCAGCACAUUGUUAUUUUUAACAUCACAUUUUACUCAUACGUAUACAUAUAACAUACUUUACACAGGCACAAUAUAAAUUGCAGAAAAACGGUCGCAAAUGUAGGGAAUGAUAUUAAAACAUAUGCAUCAUCAAUUAAGAUGAAAGUUUUUGCUUCUUGCCAAAAGUUCUACGUCUCUUGCCAAAGGUCAACGUCUGCGUCUGGGAUUUUACCAGAAUCGGUUGAGUAAAGUGAAACACAGCAUAUUUUCUAGGUCUCAUCGUGUAGGAAAUUAAUUACGCUGUAGGAAAAUGAAUCCAAACGGUAAACGUAGUAGAUUGCAGUUUGAAAAAAAAGUCACAUUUAAAAUACUCAGGCGCAUUAGAAAACGUGAUUGAAUAUGAACUGCUGUUUAGGAUGCAAGAAUAUUUCAUUCGUGAAUAUGCAACUGUUUCCGUUUAUAUUGUCCAUGUACAAUUUGAUGCGCAAACGUCCAUGUGAUCAAAUCUUACCACAACUUAGUACUAUAGAAACUACCUAUUGCAUAUCUAUUGCUGGCCAGCAAGGUAGAUACAAUACAAAGCUGUCAAAAAAGUAUCACAUUAUCAACAAUCGUGAUCGUAGAACUAGAAGGGUGAAAAAUGCUGCAUAUAUAUUGUAUUGGUAUUGUAUCUAGUUCUAAAUGUGACUCUAUAUGGCAAUAUGAAUUAUUCACUAUGAACGUCUUUCAGUGUGUACAGAAAUUUGAAGACUUUAUGCGUCUCCUGUGGAAGACUACAGUACUAUUAUAUAUAUAUAUAUAUAUAUAUAUAUAUAUAGUAUCCUGUCUUUGUGUGUCUCAAGUAAUUGGUGCAACGUCAUACGUCCCCAGGCAUAAAGCAUCAAGCCAUAGAAUAACACAGUGGAAUCAUGCAAAAUAUAUACAACAUGUUUUGACGGUUAUCAACAAAUGGAAAAUGUCAAUAACCAAUUACGACGGUAAAGAAAGAUCUCAUCCCUUAUUGUUGGCCGAAUGUAGCUUAUUUUAUUUCAUUCAUUUCCUGGGCAGAAAAUAUGUGAAAGUGCAUGUGCGAA